AUGGCGAUGAUGAUAAAACACGUGAGGCCAGGUUUCAGCCGCGCUUGUCGGAUUUGGAUAUCGCUUUUAUUCUGGAGGAUUGCACCGUCUCAUCAGCAUUCACUUUCGAUCGCAGCAGGACGUUGGCAGCGCCGGACAGCCUGGGCCACCCCUCCGCCCUCUGGCCCCGCUCAUGGCCCUGGGUGCCUCCCUGUGAAAGCUGCCAAGCUGGACUCCACGGCUGUGCACCACAGCACCGCGCCCGCCGCCCGGAGCCCUGCAGAGCCCAGCCCCCGCCCAGCGCCAGCCUGUGGAUCGGGCACCCAGGAGGAGCACUAUGUAAGCGAGGCAGCCGUACCGGAUAGCGCCCCAGACGACCGGGAGUACCGCGAUGCCGGGACCAUCACUGAUGUGUGUAAUAGUACGGAUCUUCCAGAAGUCGAAAUCAUCAGUCUACUGGAAGAGCAGCUGCCCCACUACAAGUUAAGAGCUGAUACCAUAUACGGGUAUGACCACGACGACUGGCUCCACACCCCCCUCAUUUCCCCCGACGCCAAUAUCGACCUCACCACUGAACAAAUAGAGGAGACGUUAAAGUAUUUCCUUCUAUGUGCUGAAAGAGUGGGCCAGAUGACUAAAACAUACAAUGACAUAGAUGCUGUCACACGUCUGCUUGAAGAGAAAGAGCGAGAUUUGGAGUUGGCUGCAAGGAUCGGUCAGUCGCUGCUGAAGAAGAACAAGACUCUGACAGAGCGAAAUGAAUACCUGGAGGAGCAGGUGGAGCACAUUCGAGAGGAGGUUUCCCAGCUGCGGCACGAGCUGUCGAUGAAAGACGAGCUGCUCCAGUUUUAUACCACUGCGGCAGAGGAGAGUGAUGCCGAUUCCGCCUGCUGUACUCCAAACCCCUUACGGGAGCUGGAGGACAAGUAUGCGGAGUGCAUGGAGAUGCUUCACGAGGCGCAGGAGGAGCUCAAGAACCUGCGGAACAAGACGGUGCCCAGCAGCACCCCGCGCCGCUUCCAUGCGCUCGGCCUGUUCCCUAUGGACUCCCUGGCGGCAGAGAUCGAGGGCACCAUGCGGAAGGAGCUGCACAUGGAAGACCCCGAAAUGGAGGAGCACAAGCUGCACCACAAGCGCGUGUUCGAGACCGUGAAGAACAUCAACCAGACGGCGAAGCAGAGGUCCCUGCUCCCGUCGCCCAUGAACAUCCCGGGCUCCAACCAGUCCUCGGCCCUGUCCAGCUGCAGGAGCACGCCCCGCUCCAGCUUCUACGGCAGCGACGUCAGCAACAUCGUCAUCGACAACAGAACCAACAGCAUCAUCCUGGAGACAGAGUCCCCGGAAGGCAGCAGCGACGGCGACGCCAACAAGAAGCCGGGCACCCCGGGGACGCCGGGCUCCCGCGACCUGGAGGUGGCGCUGCGCCGGCUGUCGCUGCGGCGGGAGAACUACCUGAGCGAGCGGCGCUUCUUCGAGGAGGAGCGUGAGAGGAAGCUGCGCGACCUGGCCGACGGGGGCGAGCUCCACAGCGGCAGCCUCACCCCCGCCGAGAGCAUCAUGUCGCUGGGCACGCACCACUCCGGCCUGUCCGUCUUCUCCUUCGGCAGCCGCUCCUACCUGCCCGAGAAGCUCCAGAUCGUCAAGCCGCUCGAAGGCUCUGCCACCCUGCACCACUGGCAGCAGCUGGCCCAGCCCAAUCUGGGAGGGAUCUUGGACUCCAGGCCUGGCGUGGUCACCAAGGGCUUCAGGCCACUGGAGCUGGACCUGGAAGAGGUCUACCAGUUCACAGACUUUGAGGAGGACGAGCCAGGUGACCUUUCUUUCCAGAGCCUUUCUACCUCAAGCCCCGCCCCUCCGCACGCCGAGGCCUCAGGUGAGAGGCCGCGGGGGCCGCGGGUCACUGGCACAGACAGCGGCGCCCCCCCCAGCCAGCCCCCGCCCACGGCCACGGAGACCCCGGAGCAGAAGGCUGCCGGUGAUGAGGCGUCUGUUCACUACCCUGGUAAAUGUAUGUCGCACACCAACUCCACAUACACCUUCACCACCUGCCGUAUCCUGCACCCCUCCGACGAGCUCACCAGAGUCACGCCAAGCCUCAGUUCUGGCCCGAUGCCGGCUACCGUCUGCAUGAGCAGCCUGAAGUCCACCCCCGUGGGGACGCCCUGCACCCCCCGGCGCCUCAGCCUGGCCGAGUCCUUCACCAACCUGCGGGACUCCACCAAGACCACCAGCACCUCGCUGGGCCUGGUCCGGCUCCUGCAGGAGAGGGGCAUCUCCGCUGCUGUCUACAACCCCCAGAGCUGGGAUCGGGCGGCCACGGGGGCCGGCACCCUCGCCGGCCCACCCAGGGCCCCAGAAACGCUGCCCUCCACGCCGCCCAACUCCCCGACGACGGCGGCGGCGACAGCGACGACGACAACAUCAGAGCAGCCGCAGCAGCAGCCCGGCAGCAGCGCCCCUUUCGAGUUCAAGGGCCCCGGCGGGCCCUACGACAACUUCCUGGCCUCCAAGCCGGCCAGCUCCAUCCUGAAGGAGGUGAGGGCGGAGAGCAGGAGCACCUGCAGCAGCGGGAGCCAGACGGACGUCAGCGUGUCCAACCUGAACCUGCUGGACAAGCUCAAGCCCUUCGUGCCCGCGGGCCUGGCGAGGGAGGGGCUGGCCCUGGGCUGCCCGGGGGUGACGCACGCCAUCGGCGGCAUCCGGCGCAACCGCAGCUACCCGGCCGUGGUGGGGGCCAGCAUGCAGAUGAAGGGGCCGGGGCCGCAGAGUUCGGAGCUCAUCCUGGGGCCCCAGCUGCCCAAGCAGACUAGCCUCAAGUAGGGGACGCCUCGCCCUUCCGUGUCGCUGUUUAAACUGCUGGUUUUAAACCCACACGUGCAUUCGUUCUGUGCCAGUGUUCGACCAAUCAGCCCUGUGCCUGUAAGAAACGGAAGGUAUGAACUUUGUACAGCUUCUCUUGUAAGUAGCCUUCUCUCUCUCUCCCCCCUGCGUUCUUAUUUCCCCCAGUCAGUACCGGGAUGUGUUCUUCCCCGAUUGUGCCCGUGCUGUUAGUAAUAUAUUCUGCGGUGCUCCAGAGGUGUGCGCGUGUGGGAACAGGUCUUACAUCACGAUAGUCUGAGGAGAGAAUUAGGAGCCUGAUUAGAUUUAGAAUUCAGUGACUGAUUAGAGUGACCUUUGUCCCGUUUUUCUUUGCAAUGGUAGCUCUCGUGUGGUUCGUCCUUCUGGAUCCUAACUCCAGUCUGCACUGAUCUUUCAAAGCAGUUAAGCCGAUGCACAGAGACAGUCCCUUCACAAACGGCUGAACAGGUGAGCAGGUGGAGCUGCAGCCUUUUACACUUCAAUGGAAAACCUACAUUGUGCUCAACGCUGUUAAUGUGAGACUUACAACAACAUGACCCUCUCAACCCGAGUCCCCCUCAGACUCAAAAGAAAAAUCUUUCCAAAUUUUAAAAACAGAUAUGUAAUUCAUUACACUGUGUUCUUUCACACAAGCAGAUCCAAAGCUGCAUACACAGACGUAGAACUGACAUACUUGAAGUGCAAAUGCAGUAGAGAUGUAGAGGGAUUGGAAGGAAUGAAUGUGGUAUUUUAGCCUCACACAAACUUUUUUUUGGUGUUAACAGCAAUAUAUUUUUUUUAUCUUUUGCUGUUUUACUGUGAGGAUUUGAAUAUAUUAAGGGUGGCUUAUACAGUACAGUACUUGAAUCUCAGAAAGUUAAUAAUCGGAUAACAUUUUUAAUUGUGUUUUACGUUGCUGUGGAGGCCUGCGUCCAACUGAUCGAUUGCGUGAGGCCCAGAAGUAGCUGGACUCUGUCAGCUGAUAGUAUUAAGCCAGUGAUCCUGUAUAGGAUCUGUAUCAUCACUGUAGCUCACUCACAAGAGACCUGUAAGAAGAUACGCAACACGUUUCUCCUCGAGGACAUUAUGUAAGCAUCCAACAUUUACAGUUAGCUUUAAAACCGAUCUUAUAGAAGAGGACAAAAUGUCAAAACUCAGAACAUAUCUUAGUGCCUGAUCUUAGUCCAACAAUGUAGAACAAGUCUAUUGGUCUGCUGUGCUAUGGCUGAAGUAGAGCCUAAUUUGCACUGAUGGCUUAUUGUAAAGAGUGUUUUGAUGGUUCAUUUGAACUGUUUUAACCUUAUGUCUAAUGAACAUGAAAUGAUCAAUAUAUUUUGAAGCAAAGCACAUGGAACAGUUAUGCAUGUGUUAAAUGAAGAAAAUAAACGUAUUUAUUCUUUACUUAAGCAGUACAUUUUAGGAAAAAUACACAUUGGCUGAUAUUAUUUACUGUUGUAUGUGUGCACUUCUUGUCCGUAACUUGAAUAUUUCAGUUGAAUGUAUUAAAUAACAGCAGAUAUGUUCAUAAAUGUACAUUUGAUUUAAACUAUGGAUUUUACUCCAUUUCACCAUAAAGGGAAGAAUACUAUUUGUAAAUUGUAAAUGGUAUAUAUGCAAUAAAAAGUCAUGCUAACGUUUUUAAUAAAAGUGAACAAAAAAUAAUUUAAAAAAAUCAUGACGUCAAAGACACUGAUAAUACCAUAAGCAUUGCGUUGUACUUUCAGGAAUUUUAAAUGCUGUUCUUUGCAAAAAAAGAAGAAAUUCGAAAUAAAAACAAUUGAUAUUACA